CGUUUCGUCCCCAUUCCGUCAAGAAAUCGAUUGCAGCAAGAAUCGAUAGCAAAGGAAUCGAAUGCCGAUUCCACAGGAUCGAAAGAAAAGAAUCGAUCUCAGAAUCGAAUCCAUCUUUCCACCACGAUAGGAACCAAUAGGAGCGUUCCGUAUACUCUAGUUGGCGGGGUUGUGAACACAUCGUAUGGAACACGUAUUGCAACAUAAUCUAAAUGUCAGCAGUAUUAAUAUUCUAGUUCUUAAUUGUUGCUGUUUGCCUGGGAAAUGAAAGCAUUGCAGUGUUAGUGGAAUAGCGUUUAAAUUGCAUAAGUGCCAAUAACACUAUACUGAGAAUUGAGUGAUAACAAGAAUGGCGUAUUCAAGCCCACCUCGGAACAUCGACCAACUAAUAAAAGGACGAAAUGCUGCCCAUAAAUUAAAACAUGGAUCUCCAAAAUUUAGGGAUGUUAUAAGAGAGAGAUGCAAAAAUAGGGUUAAGGAAAACCGAGAAAAAUUUGUGAACUUGUUGCGAAGUCCCCGAGGUUCCAGUGACCUCAAGAGAGUUUUAAAUAAUACAAUACUUGAGGAAUUAAUGUCAUUUUCUUGUAUUGUGGAGAAAGUAAAUGGAAGAAGUUUUGAAAUUACAAAUGAAGCGAUGAUAGAUGAAGAACUCCAAAUUUUUGAAGAAUGUAGCAAUGAGCUUUCUCAUGAAUGUGAUUUUGAAAUUGAACAGAUCAUGUUGAACUGUGAUGCCUUGCUAAAUGCAGAAAACUAUGACAUUGAAGCAUUUCUAGAAAGUGAGUGUAUUGAUCUCAUAGACUGCCCUGUUUGUGAAAAGGACCAAGACAUUCAUCCAAAUUUCCACACUGGAACAGAUGUGGGCAUUGAUUGA